GUUGAGACGGAGGAGAAGCAGCAGGCUUCUUCAGACCAACAGCUUCAAACUGUAAACAUCAGAACCUGGAGCCUCUUCUCCGUGUCGGUGGGAUGGAAAUAUAAGGUUAACCUGAAGGUGUGGGACCAGAGCUUAUUCUUCAGUGCAUGGACGCAAAACCAAUGCGCAGGGCCACCAGCGCACGUCAAGACGCCACUGGAAUGGACAUUACCAGCCGCUGCACUCUGGGGGACCCCAACAAGCUCCCUGAAGGGGUCCCCCAGCCCGCUCGCAUGCCCUACGUCUCAGACAAACACCCACGACAGACCCUGGAGGUGAUCAACCUGCUGAGAAAACACCGGGAGCUCUGCGACGUGGUGCUGGUGGUGGGCGCCAAGAAGAUUUAUGCGCAUCGUGUGAUCCUGUCUGCCUGCAGUCCCUACUUCAGGGCGAUGUUCACAGGAGAGCUGGCAGAGAGCAGGCAGACUGAAGUGGUUAUCCGCGACAUUGAUGAGAGAGCGAUGGAGCUGCUGAUUGACUUUGCUUACACCUCACAGGUGACUGUAGAGGAGGGGAACGUCCAGACUCUGCUCCCCGCAGCCUGCCUUCUGCAGCUGGCUGAGAUUCAGGAGGCCUGCUGCGAGUUCCUCAAGAGGCAGCUGGAUCCAUCCAACUGCCUGGGCAUCAGGGCCUUCGCCGACACUCACUCAUGCCGCGAGCUGCUUCGCAUCGCCGACAAGUUCACGCAGCACAAUUUCCAGGAGGUAAUGGAGAGUGAGGAGUUCAUGCUGCUCCCUGCCAACCAGCUGAUCGACAUAAUCUCCAGUGAUGAGCUGAAUGUGCGGAGUGAGGAGCAGGUUUUCAAUGCCGUGAUGGCCUGGGUGAAAUACAGCAUCCAGGAGCGCAGACCUCAGCUGCCUCAGGUCUUGCAGCAUGUUCGCCUGCCGCUCCUCAGUCCCAAGUUCCUGGUGGGAACUGUAGGUUCAGAUCCCCUCAUCAAGAGUGAUGAGGAGUGCAGAGACCUUGUGGAUGAGGCCAAGAAUUACUUGCUGCUGCCUCAAGAAAGGCCACUAAUGCAGGGCCCAAGGACCCGGCCGAGGAAACCCAUCCGAUGUGGAGAGGUCCUGUUUGCAGUUGGUGGCUGGUGCAGCGGUGAUGCCAUUUCCAGCGUGGAGCGUUACGAUCCGCAGACCAACGAGUGGCGGAUGGUAGCGUCGAUGAGUAAACGGCGAUGCGGGGUCGGCGUCAGCGUCCUGGAUGACCUGCUGUACGCGGUUGGGGGCCAUGACGGCUCUUCGUAUCUGAACUCCGUGGAAAGAUAUGACCCAAAGACCAAUCAGUGGAGCAGCGACGUGGCCCCGACCAGCACGUGUCGUACGAGUGUGGGCGUGGCUGUGCUCGGUGGAUAUUUGUAUGCAGUGGGAGGGCAGGAUGGAGUAUCCUGUCUGAAUAUCGUUGAAAGAUAUGAUCCUAAGGAGAACAAAUGGACUCGGGUGGCCUCCAUGAGCACCAGGCGACUGGGUGUUGCUGUGGCUGUGCUGGGGGGAUUCCUUUAUGCCGUAGGAGGGUCUGACGGGACGUCACCUUUAAAUACAGUGGAACGCUACAACCCUCAAGAAAACCGCUGGCACACCGUUUCUCCCAUGGGCACCAGGAGAAAACACCUGGGCUGUGCGGUCUACCAGGACAUGAUUUACUCCGUGGGGGGCAGAGACGACACCACAGAGCUGAGCAGCGCCGAGAGAUACAACCCCAGAACAAACCAGUGGUCUCCUGUAGUGGCCAUGACGUCUCGACGGAGUGGGGUGGGCUUGGCGGUGGUGAAUGGUCAGCUGAUGGCAGUAGGAGGCUUUGAUGGGACAACGUAUCUCAAAACUAUAGAAGUAUACGACCCUGACGCCAACACAUGGAGGCUGUACGGAGGAAUGAACUACCGCCGGCUAGGUGGAGGGGUGGGCGUCAUUAAAAUGACUCACUGUGAAUCCCACAUAUGGUAACGCCGCCCUCGCCCCCCCCCUCUGCUCACACACACCAUCACUUCUCAUCACGUUGCAACGGAUGCUUCUUCUCACCGAAUCUCGUGCCUCCAGAACAUACGCCGUCAUUCACCGGAGGUUGGGAGGACUUUUGGGGGGGAGGAAGGUGAAAAGUGGGAAGGGAAAAGUGGGAGAGACUUUUGAACUGUAAUUCAUCUCCGACCCCCCCUCCGCCCUCCACCGACAAGACUUUGGAACAUUCUGGUUGUCUUUGCUGACUGACCACAAUCACCAUGAAGUGCACUGAGAGCCGAAAUCUACCAAGUACUAUGAAGCUUCCAGUUUGGAGAGGACGGCCCCGUUUCCUGUGACCUGUCCCGUGUUUUCAUCCUCCAUCCUCGCUUUUGACCCAAACUGAGAUUAUUUACUGACGGAAAUCGAGAGCAGUGAAGAUGUUUGGAAGCUUUAUGUAUCUGAAGGAGGGCUGUGGGAGUCCUGGUUACCGCUCCUCGGCUUUAAAUGGUACUCCCCCCAAAUUGUAACUACUGAGCUCCAUCGUUAGAAAACAAAAAAACAAAAAAAAACAAAAAACCAGCCACAGACUAUUUUUUGACUGUGAGAUUGAUCUCCUGGAGUCUAUCAGAGGUAACGCCAUCCUCAAUUUAGUGUUGCUUGUAGAUUUCUGGUCAUGCAUUUGUGGUCGUUAUGUCUUUUUGGGUUCAAGUGUAGCAUUAAACGGUGAAGUACUGUCAGGCUUAUGAAGGAAUCUGGAACUGAAAUGGAA